GUGCAAAGCGGCGUCAUCUCCGCCCAUCUACCACCACACGACACGCAUGACUGCUAAGCCACAGCAGGUGCGCCACAUCGCCGCGGGAAAGAGCGGUACACCAUCGCACGGACCAUCUCUAGCCGCCAGUGUGUUUGGGAGCGCGCAUUUGAAUAAACAAACCAAGCACCAACAUAUCGUCGACCCCCACCACACAAUGCCACGCACCAGCGCGAAGAUCAGUAUCGGCGCGGCGCCGCAUACGCCUAUAAAGGUACCGCUCAACGAUGACAAACGAGAGAAAGCAAAGCGUCGACAUGCGCUUCAAGAAGCCCAGAGAGAUUCUUUGAGAGCUUCUGCGACACCUCGAAAACGGGUUUCACUGGCUGCUCAGAGCAGUCCACACACGCCGCUGAACAACGAAGAUGACAUGCCCAGUGUUGCCGGGACCGCCGUUACGCCAAUGAAGCGGGUCAUGCCUCUGCUGGCCAAUUUCGAGGAGUGGAUGAAAAUGGCUACCGACAAUAAGAUCAAUGCCACCAACUCGUGGAACUUUGCCUUGAUCGAUUACUUCCAUGACAUGUCGCUGCUCAAAGAGGGCGACGGCGUCAAUUUCCAAAAGGCUAGUUGUACCCUGGAUGGCUGCGUCAAAAUCUAUACGAGUCGAGUGGAUAGUGUUGCGACCGAUACAGGCAAACUCCUUAGUGGACUUGCGGAAAGCGGCAACAAGAAGCGUCGCGGGGAAGCCACCGAAGGCGAGGAUGGGGAUGACGACGACGACGAAGAAGGUGAGGAUGGGCAGAGGAAAAAGAAGAAGAGAGCCGCUCGAUCUGCAGAACAAACACUCGCUACUUCCUUCGCACAAUUGCAAAACAAGAAGAUGGAAUUGGAGCUAUCGGUAGAUCCUUUGUUCAAGAAGGCCUCUGCAGACUUCGACGAGGGCGGGGCAAAAGGACUGCUGCUGAACCACCUGGCCAUUGAUGCUUUUGGCAGAAUUGUAUUCGACAGUAGCGAUGACGCCAAUGAUGCCACCCCUGCAGAACCCAGGAAAACUCCUGCUCCGGGGGAAGACGAAUCACUGCAGGAGAUUGAAGAGGUGGAGAUUGUUUCUGAUGAUGUGGAGGUGGAUAUCAGUGCACUCGGAGCGAAAUACUUCCCCGAUCUGACACGACUGGACGAGCAGGAUGUUUGCCCGUCGAUGAAGACUUUUGAUCUUGGCAAUGCCGACGGCUCAAUGGAUCUGCCUUUCCUAAAAGCACCCGAAGACUGGAAAAAAGAUGAGGACAAGGAUGAGGAGGAUGGCGAAGGCAAUCGGUCCGGUGUGUUCCUUGACGACGACAACGCUCUAGGUUUUGACGAUGACGAUGAUAUCAACAUGGGCGGAUUUGACUUGCCACCUGAAACAGGGUUUGGCGAAGGUGGUGAGAUCUGGGCAAGAGAGGCAGCCAGGGAUCCCCAAGCACGAGUACAUAAUAUUGGUAUGGGCGAGGGGGAUGGAGAAGCCGGUGAUGGCGAUGAGGUUGCAAUCAGCACAGAAGAACGACCAUAUGGGCUGUCAUUAACACAAGGAAAGAGUGAAGAGCAGGAGAAUAUCCUCAGCUACUUUGACCAAGCUCUCAAGAAGAACUGGGCUGGACCCGAACACUGGCGCAUUCGUCGCAUCAAAGAAAUUGGCAAAGCAACACCUGCUACGAAACGCAAAGAGAAGGAGCCGUUCAAGAUCGACUUCGAAGCGCCCAUGAGCCAGUCUUUGGCAGACAUGCUGUACACACCCGCCUCCUCCAACUCAACCAUCACAUUGCCCAAAACACAGUGGAAAUCGAAAACCCGCAAUCUGCUUCCUGACGACAAACACUUCAACUCAAAACAGCUUCUGCGCUUAUUCCUGAAGCCCAAGACUCGCAUGGGCUCCCGCAGAGAUGCAAGAAGAGCCCAUCAACAAGAACGCCCGAUCGACCCCGUCAAUGGUGAAGUCGACGAAGCCUACUGGGCAUCACGAGAAGCUGAAGCGAAUACACCACCCGAGGACGAAGGCAUGCAAGGGAACUACGAUGCAGACUUCUUCCAAGACGAUGGACUCCCCAUGGCUGGCGUAGCCAUGGAUGACGGCGAGACGUUUGCCGACGCUCGGGAUCACUUCUCGCCUGUCGCCGAAGAUGGUACGGUGCCUGUAGAGUCGCUAAAUGGCGGUAUCCCCGGUGUAGGGGAAGGCGCAUUCGGAACCCAGCUCGUUACACAAAGCCGCAGAUUACGACCCGAGUAUGUGCAGUACGCAAGAGUGGCGAAGAAGGUAGAUGUCAAGCGACUCAAAGACGAGUUAUGGAAGGGCAUCGGAUUGGAAGAAAUCACGGUUCCCCCACCCGCCGAUACCACCGAUCCAGCCGAACUCAAAGCCGUGGACGGCUCCCUCAAAUUCACACAAGUCAUCAACGGCCUACAAACAGUCUACCCCAAGCAAGCCAUGGACGAUAUCUCGACGUCGUUUUGCUUCAUCUGCUUGUUGCAUCUAGCAAACGAGAAGGGGCUCGUAAUCGACAAUGAUGAGAAGUUUGAGAACUUGACGAUACGCAAGGAUUUCUCGGCGGAUUUGACAGUGGGACAUUAAGUUGAUGAAACUCGGCUUGUUUAUUAUCCUUACCACUUGAUUUUGUAGGAGGGUGCCUUUUGGGAUUUGCAUGCAAAGAUCAUGACGAGUGCCCGUCCGCUGGAGCACGUACCUUGUCUAUACGGUAUUUUUCUUCUUGUGUGUUCAUGUUUUUUACGACUCACUACUUUUGUACCAGGCAUGUUUGAGAUAUAAUGAUUAUGACUAUUCCCUGAACAUUUUUUUUCUCUCACUCACUGUGCGUGCAGCUUGUUUGUGGUGAAAAUCGACUCUCUCGUUCACUUUUCUUUUUCUUCUUCCUUUGCCAAAUCGCAGUAUAAUAGUUGUACUGCUGAUACACUGAUUGAACGCACGAGAUUGUCUUGAAGAUUGAUGGAAAGAAGGAGGUAUGUGUGUGUGUGUAUGUGUGCACAUGUAUUAACUAUAAGAAGAGACGUCAUCCACAUGGAACGGAAUGUAGAAAUUGUUUUCAAGUGACGUGUAGUUAAGUUUUGACUUUGAUUUGAUUUGAUAUGAUUUGAUUUAGUUUUGGUUUUUGGGUAUCU